AUGUCACGAAAGGAACUGCUCAAUCCCGCAGGUUUAAGAGUAGAUGGUCGAAGAGCAACAGAUAUAAGGAGAAUCUCCUGCAAACCUUCAGUCUUGUCACAAGCAGACGGAUCAGCAUACAUUGAACAAGGGAAUACCAAAUGUCUCGCUGCCGUUUAUGGACCACGAGAACCUAGACAGAAAUCAGCAAUACUGCAUAAUAGAGCUAACAUAUCCGUUGGAGUCAGCUUUGCUCCUUUUGCCACCAGUGAGAGAAAAAAGUGGAGUAAAAGUGAUAAACGUCUCUUGGAGAUAGCUUCAUUUGUAAAACAAACAUUUGAACCGGUGAUUCAAACGACUUCCUUUCCAAGGUCUCAGAUUGAUAUUUUUCUGCAAAUACUUCAAUUUGACGGAGGUACUAUUCAAAUAUGCAUCAACGCGACAACAAUGGCGCUUGUAGAUGCGGGUAUUCCCAUGAAUGACUAUGUCUGUGCUUGUACUGCUGGGGUAAUUCAAAAUGUACCCAUACUUGACUUGAAUUUGAUUGAAGAGUCAUCGGAUAGUCCAGAAGUUACUGUGGCUAUUCUUGCUGACUCCGAAAAAGUCACUUUAUUACAGAGUGAAUCUAGACUAGACGUGGACAGUUUUCAGGCCGUUGCUCAAUUAGCAAAAAUAGGUUGCAAAGAAAUUCGCAAUGUCAUGGAUGCAGCUCUUCGAAAGAAUAUUAAAGACUUAUUCGGGAAGAUGGAAGCAAAAAUAAAGACAGAUCAAUCUGCGGAUUUUCGAUUAGGCUUGAACUUAAGUAGACGCUUGGAAAACUUUAAAGCCGGUCCCAUUAUACGCUCUGCCGUGAAUGGAGUCAGGUAUACACACAUUGCAAUUCUCAGCGGUCAUCAGAAUCUGGGAGGAAAGUAA